AUGAGUCACAUUAAUGCAACAGGCCUGUUCAGGAGGAGGAACCCUGCUGUGAAUCACAGAGAAGACGAAGUUGGUAAGAGGAAUACAAACACGCCGAUCUGCAGGAGUAUCAUCCUCAUCAUCAUCAUCGUCUUCAUCGUCUUCAUACAUCUCUCUCAGAAGCAGGUGCAGAUUCGCCGUUUUCACCCCGGCGUGCCCACAGCCAUAAUUUGCUUUUCCACUCCAGGACACACUGAUAUCAGCGCCAUCAAUCUGCAGCCGCCGUGGUUAUUACUGCGGAUCAGUCGGCCUUUUCAUUCCCAUUCACAGAACAUCUUGUCAGUUGUCAACACACGGCAGCGCGUUAUUGGUGAUAACCACCUUCACAGACGAGUGGAUGGCGGAGUGGAGAGACGAUUUUGA